AUGCGGUGCCCCGAAUCACAAUCAGCGUUAGUGACGAUACCAGAGUUCUUGCUUGUAGUGGAGCGGUAUAGUUCAAUCGAUCGUGUUAUCAGAGUUACGGCAUGGGUUUUUCGUUACGUCCACAACUCGAAGCGUGUUACAGCUCAUAGAUCCGGUACCCUCGUGGCGGAAGAACUUAUGGAAGCGGAGAAGUACUGGUUCAGAGUAACGCAGGCAAGAUUUUUGCCAGCCGAAUCGCCGCAUCUCAAGACCUUUCGUCAUUUUAAGGACAGCGGCGGCAUAUUGCGUCUUCAAGGGCGGCUUCAAUGCUCAGAGCAAUCACCUUCCUCCAAGCAUCCUAUAUUGCUGCCUCCACCAUCUCAAGCGUGGUUCACACGUCUCAUUCUCCUUCGAGAGCGCCUGAGGAUGUCACAUGCUGGUGUACAGGAAACGCUUCAUCAGCUCCGAGAGGAUUACUGGAUAAUCAAGGGUCGACAGUCCGUUAAAUCCGUCUUACAUCACUGUCUCUUCUGUCGGCGUUUGAAGACUCGCCCGUGCGUAGAGCAAGAAGCGCCUUUGCCAAACGAUAGAGUUACUCAACAACUUCCUUUCGAGGUUGUGGGGGUGGACUUUGCUGGCCCAUUGUAUUACAGCGCAACCGAAGGACACCUAAAAUCGUAUGUUGCAUUAUUUACAUGCGCCGUGACCAGAGCCGUACACUUAGAGUUGGUCACCGGUCAGUCGCAUGCCACCUUCCUCAUGGCGUUCAAAAGAUUCGCAUCACGUCGGGGUCUACCAACCAAUGUCUACUCUGACAAUUUCCUCACUUUUAAGAAGGCAACAAAGGAGUAUCCUGCUAUGAUGUCCUCUCAGUUCCAAGACGUGCAAGAGUAUGUAGCCCAACGUCGAAUUUCAUGGGAAUUCAUCGUCGAACAUGCUGCAUGCCCAGGCAAAAAUCUGGACUGGUUCCAGAAUGGUUCCAUUUGA